CAUAUCUUCUUCACGAAAGAGUUCUAGAUGUCAGCUGUCAGACUAAAAGUAGUGAAAUGAAUGAAACUGAAACACGUACAAAAGAUGCACUUAGUUUUAGAGAAAACAUGCAAAAUGCCACAGGCAAUGUAUUGUCUUCAUUUGAUAAGAAAAGAAACUUGAUAGGUUUCUGGAUACUUGGAUUAUGUAACAAUUUUGCUUAUGUGAUAAUGUUGAGUGCAGCUCAUGAUAUCCUGAAAGAACAAGAAAAAGGUCCUGAAGUCCAUCAUAAUGAGACAACUACAACUGAACCAGUUGAUGAGCAUUACAUGCAGUGUAAUGAAAUAUCAACAGGAGCUAUUCUACUGGCAGAUAUAUUACCUACACUGAUCAUCAAACUGACAGCACCAUUUUACAUACAUCAUAUAAGUUACAGAGUAAGAGUUGCUAUAGUUGUGUUGUUUAACCUGUCCAGUUUUCUAUUGGUUGGAUUUUCUGUUGGUAUAUGGAUGAGUAUAUUAGGGGUUGUUUGUGCCAGUAUAUGUGGUGGUUUAGGAGAAGUAACUUAUAUGAGUCUUUCAGCCUUUUUUGAUAGAAAUGUUAUAUCAACAUAUUCCUCAGGAACAGGGGGAGCUGGUGUAUUCGGUGCCUUAUCAUAUGCUGGUUUGACAUCAGCAGGUCUUUCUCCUCGUAACACAUUGUUUGUCAUGACAAUCAUGCCUGUUACCAUGGCAAUAAGUUAUUUUGGAAUUUUAAAAAAACCUGAUAACAUGUACACAAAAACAGUAACAGAUGAGACAACAGAUGAUACAACAGCUUUGUUAGAUGAUAGCAAAGAAGUGUCUACAAAAAUAGAUUUAUCUUUAAAAGACAGAGUAAGACUGUUACGUCCAUUAUUAAAGUAUAUGAUUCCACUUAUACUGGUAUAUUUUGCUGAAUAUUUUAUAAAUCAGGGAUUGAUGGAAAUAUUGUAUUUUAACAAUGUAUCAUGGUCUAUAUCAGAACAGUAUAGAUGGUACCAAGUAGAUUACCAGCUAGGAGUUUUUAUAUCCAGGUCAUCAGUGAAUUUCUUUGAAGUUAAAAGGUUGUGGGUGCUUCCCAUUAUUCAGUUUAUCAAUCUAGGAAUACUGUUAACACAAGUAUUCUACAGAUUUAUACCUAAUAUAGCCAUAAUAUUUGUGAUCAUAUUCUUUGAAGGAUUGUUAGGAGGGGCAGCUUUUGUCAAUACAUUUUAUCAAAUUUCAAAAGAGAUUAGAGCAGAAUAUAGAGAAUAUAGUUUAGGAGCAGCAACCAUUGCAGAUUCCUUUGGUAUAUCUGUAGCAGGAGCAGUGUCAAUACCUUCACAUAAUCAUAUUUGUUCUUUACAUUUAAAAGUUAUGUAACUAUGACAAAAAACUGUGAUACUUUUAUG